AUGGAAAUGGCUAUCUGCGGCGGUGGCAUCCCCACCUUAAUGCUACUGAUCCUGACUGCGAUCCUAAGUUUGAGUCAAGCUGCAGAUACCUGGCAGCGUUUACCAUCCCUAGAAACGUUUUCCUCAUAUGAGGAUAUGCAGCGUUACUUUGAUCAGCGCAAUUUCCGCAGCAUGCGGCAUAUUGACAAUCCCACGGGUGACACCUACUUGGCAGCCUUCAAUCAGUACAAUGAGCAAGUGCAGGAUCAGUCACCAAAACGGGUGAGCCAAACCCACUCCAGGAUCAAGCGUGAGCAACGUCAACUGCCAACGGCACCAAGAAUGCUGCGUUUCGAACUGGCAGAUGCCGUGGAGCCAAGUCCGGAACUUAAGCAAAUCCUACGGCAAUAUCAGUCCAGAGCCCUCAAGGAAAAUCCUACUGCUGCGAGUCCAGCCAGUACCACUCAGGCACCGACUCCUGCAGGUAGUCCCACCAUGGCCACAAAAACCAAGACCCGGAAACCACGUCGACAGAGGCGAUCAGUUGUGGGCGCCCAGCUGCCGGCGGAUUUUAAAGUUAAAAUGAUUCCUUUCGAAGAAACUGAUGCUAGGGAGCCCGAUCCCAUCACAGCUCAGCUGAUCAAGAAGGCGCGCUCCCUGGAUCUCCAGAGUCAGGCCACCAGAUCCACAGACUUUCGCCAGGCUAAGCCCCAAGUGGCCAGGAAGCAGCCUAUCCAGGUGAGAAUUCGCAAGACAAAGCGCUCCAAGCGUUCAGCUCCGCAGAUGAUCAAAUUUGAGUUGGCGGAUGCCAAGGCCAUGCCCCAAAGAUCCGGCAAGCAAAUGGCAACUGAAGCUGUACCCACCCUACUGACCAUGGAAACCCAGAGGAAUAAGACCAAAGCUCAGCAGCUGACCACACCCACUCCUCGGGUGGAGGAUAAUGAUAUACUCACUGGUGAAGCCACGGCGGAAACCAAACGCAUGUAUGUUUACAAAGAGGCUCCUGUCAGUUCUGGACAUGUGAAGACAAAGAAAUCCCUGAGCACUCUGCCCCAUGAAGUGCAGAAGGUCAUUAGCCAGCUGAUGAAAGAUGGAUUGGGUGGCAAGGCGUAUGUCAAGUAUCUUCCUGCCCAGAAAUCCGACUACGAGCACUACAAAGCCAAAUCCUUGUCCUAUGGUGGCAAGCCUUUAGUUAACUAUGUAAAGUACAUCAAUAAGCCGGCUGAACCAGCGGCAUCUCCAACUCCUGUUCAAGUGCACAUCCAACCAGUUCCUGUGGUGGAGCAACUGCGCUAUGUUUACAAGCCCCACUAUGCAGCAGCUGCUCCCACAAUAGCCCAACCCAUUGUGGUUCAGGAGGCCCCAGCUCCCACAGCUGCAGUGGAGGAAGUGCAUCACACCUACACCGCAGAGCUGGCACCGCCGCCCACGCAGAGUGUUGAGGUGGUUGUACCUCAAUUUAGACCUUCUAAGCCAGAUCCUCUGCUGUCGGAAGCUCCUGCCAUCUAUGGGAAGCCCCAGGAGGAGACCUACAACUCCUACGAGCUCCAGCCAGAGGCAUCGCCCCUGAUCAAAAUCGAGUACCACGCCCAGCCGGAUAGCAUCAAUGAGCACUACAAACGGCUACCCGAGUUCCAGCAACUGUCCACGCUUAUUGGCAAGUCUCCGGACGAUCAGAUCCAUGGCCUAACCUACCUCCUGGCCAAGGAGAUGCAGGCCAAGCUGCAGAGGCAGGGCAAACAGCUGGUGGAUCGCCCGCAGGACAGCACAGCUCCGAUUCUCUUCCAUCCCGGACAAGGCGCCUCCCCGGCACCUACUUUGAAAACCCUAUUGGAGCACGGAUCGCUUGGGGUUCAGCCUGGUCGAUUGAUUGGAAUGGCCAAGACCAAGCAGUAUGUGCCCAUCAUCGAACCGGGCAACAACGAUGUCAAGGAGCUGCCCGCUGCGCCCAGCAGCGAGGCCUCCAAGCUGCCCACUCCGAGUUCCUACAUCGAUUACACCCACGGACAUGGCCUAUCCAACGGGUAUGAAGGUGUGACCAAUGCAGAGGAGCCGGUUACCACAGUGGAGCAUGUGGUGCACCAUCCCACGGUGGCCACGCAGCUGCAUCACCAGGUCCUACUCCCAAAGCCGCAGCACCACCACCAUCAGCAGCAACACCACGGACUUGUGGCCACUGUCCUUCCGGCGGAACUGGACUCGGACAAGGGCGUGAAUGGUCUGCACUUCGUACACAGCGAUGAGGACAAGUCGCUGCAGCAGUACGCCUCAAAGUAUGCGUUCGGUUAUCGCAUACGUGAUUUCCAUACCGGCAACGAUUUUGGCCACAAGCAGAAUCGUGAUCUCCACGGCGUGACACGCGGUCAGUACCACAUCCUUUUGCCGGACGGAAGGAUCCAGAACGUCAUCUACCACGCCGACGACACGGGCUUCCAUGCGGAUGUCAGCUUCGAAGGCGCCACGAAGCAUUGAAACUGGUCUACAAACGGGCCCAAUGUGCAAUCUAAGCUAGGUUAUCCAUAAGGUUCACUUCCAGAAAACAAAACGUACAUACAUAUGUGGAACAGGACACUAUGAGGUGUCUGUUAAUUGAAGGCUAUUUAUUUGCAAAAGAAGCCUUACUCAUUAACUCAUCGAAAUGCUCUUAACUUGGCUAAAGAUUCUCGCAGGUUAUGCGAAAAAGUUAGGUAGCCAUUGCUCAAAACCAUUAAUUUCAAUUACAUUUAGCAUAAGUUUAAACUAUUUUUAAGAGAAUUACUUCAUUACCAAAUAAGCAACUAUGAUUUCUUAAAUAUUUAACAAUUGAAAAAUUUCCAAAAUGAUGCCCUUUUAUAGUAAGAAUACAAAACUGUUAACUCUUUCUAAGAUAACUUUGUAUAGACUUAAAGAUUCAUGCAAUUCGAAGCAUUCUUCAAAUGCAAUCAUUAGACAUUCAAUGAAAAAGCAUACGCCCCAGAAAUGGCCACUCAUUGUUUUAUUGUUCAACUAAAUACCAAAUAGUGACAUUCUACAAUUCUCCGUUCUUGUUCAAAUGCUAUCAUAUAUACUGUGUGAUUUCCAUCUCAUUUGCGAUUGCUCGAGUCGAGCAUUAAAAUUAGUAUAAGCCCAUGAAAAAUGUAUUUGAAAUUAGGAAGCCAGUGCAAUAGACAAUGUGUUUAAUCGAUGUGCAAUAAAGUGAAAUCAAUAAA